UCGCGGGCGCGUCAUGCCCGCUCCCGCUGCCCGCCGCCGCCGCCAUGUCGCCGCUCGCCCGCUCGCUGCUCGCGCUCGGCGCGAUGCUCGCUGCCGCCGACGCGCAUGUCUGGGUGAUGGAAAACGCCCGUCCAGGCUGUGCCGGAUUCAGAAUAUCGGCUCGCCGGUACGAUGGAAAACCCAUCGAGGACAUCAUUUUCGAACUCAGGGCUACAAAGACAGGUAGCGGAGCACUUCAUGACAUACCCGAUUACUGCGCAAAAUAUGGUGCAGAAAUCGAAUACCAGAGCGUGGAAGUAUGCAACGAUUACGAAGGCCCUACGUCAGCACCUCGGAAGCCGCCAAAGGUCCGCCCGUUGGGCGAAGACACCAUGUCACCAGUGUAUGCGACCUGUAAGGGUAUCGAAUGUGGACCUCUCGUCUUCCAUGUUACCCAGAGAUGCGUCCCCUAACUCAAAAAAUAGCAAAUAAUAAUGUUUAAUUGUAUCUACGAUGUAUAUAAAUAUGAAAUAAAUAAUAAGUUUUUGUAAUUAAAA